CUCACAACCCUCCUCCUUAACCCUUUGGCUUCAUCUACUUGAUCAGCUUCCUUUUUCUAUAAUUAACCUCCUCUCAUUGCUUAGGAAACUUUGUCAUCACUGAGACAUGGAAUUUUCCCUUAAGCACAAAAUUUGUUUUCUUUGUAUCAUGGUGCUUUUGCCUGCACUGUGUACCUCUCAAGACACAUUUACAAGCUCUAGAGCAACCUAUUAUGGUAGCCCAGAUUGCUAUGGGACCCCAACUGGAGCUUGUGGCUAUGGAGAAUAUGGAAGGACAGUCAACGACGGCCAAGUGUCCGCAGUUGCUAGGCUGUAUCGGAAUGGAACUGGCUGUGGUGCAUGUUACCAGGUUAGGUGCAGAGAACCUCAACAUUGCAGUAGUGAUGGGGUGAAUGCGGUGGUGACAGAUUAUGGGGAAGGAGACAGAACAGACUUCAUCUUCAGCCGAAGAGCCUAUGCAAAGUUGGCAAGUAACCCAGCUGCAGCUGAAAGGCUAUUUGCUUAUGGUGUGGUUGAAAUUGAAUACAGAAGGAUCCCCUGCCGGUUCUCUGGUGGUGCCAACCUUGUGUUCAAAGUCCAUGAGAAUAGCAAAUAUCCUGAAUACUUGGCUUUAGUGAUUCAAUAUGUAGCUGGCCAAAAUGACAUCACAUCUGUUGAGUUAUGGCAGGAGGAUUGCAAACAAUGGAGGGCCAUGCGCAGAGCAUAUGGAGCAGUUUGGGACACUCCAAACCCACCUAGUGGCUCCAUUAACUUGAGGUUCCAAGUGAGUGGCCGUGCAGGGGAGAAAUUCGUGCAGGCAAACAACGCCAUCCCUGGAGAUUGGAAAGCGGGGCUUUCCUAUGAGACAGACAUUCAGCUCAAUUAACUGCACAUGUUUUGAGAUCAUCCCAAACUUUUAUCCAAAUAUUAGGACAGAAAUUUCGUGUUGGUUAAUAUAUUAUAAUUAUUCCAUGUAAUGCUAGUUGCUUGCUUGUCAUGACUAGGAACUAUUGUUAUUGUAUGCUGGGUAGGAGCAAGUGCACUUGGCUUGCCCCUAGAUUUAGUGGGAUGGUGUACUUUCAAGUUGUAAGGAUAUAAUAUGAAUAAAGUUCCAACUUUUUGGAUCCUUC